GCCCGUGGCAAGUGCCUCUCCAAUGUCGUUAAAAACGAAGAGGCAAGCAAGCGCAUACAGUUACAGCUUGUAUACAGAUGGCCGUGUGACUCGUGUGUUGUAUAUAAUGUACAUAAUUUCAUUUUUAAAUGUAUCUGCAUGUAAACAUUUAUACAUUCAGUCGCCAAAUCGACGAGUGGGUAAAGAAAAUCUGUAAAUCGAAAGAAAGGCAAGCAUCAUCUGAAUGGAAGCACGUAGACCGCCAGCUCGAACAUGUCGAGACCAGACGACUCGAAUGGGGAUUUUUAAACCAGGACUUACCUACAGAACCAGUAGAAGCCCAAAAACGUCAAAGGAAGUAUAUAAAUGCGAGUUAUAUUCAUGCUUUAUUGAAUGUAAUUAUUUUAUCUAAAUAAUUGCAGAUAAAUUCCAACGUGAAGGCCGCUGUAACGUUAAAUCAUUUGUAUAUAGGGAAUAGCUAGUUGUAUAGCUAGUCAUUGCUAACUGGGCUAGCCGUUUGCCUAAAUUACAGACAACAGACAACAGCAAUAUGUUACAUUUUGGAUUUACCUGAGGACCGUGAACACGUUGUGCUUUCAGGACAGGGCCUUGGGGAACUUUUCAUACAAAACCUUGAAGGACCCUCCUCUGAGCUAGAGUGUUUCUGCCUGGGUCAGAUGAGGGGAGGGCUUUCUCCCAUCGGGGACUGAGUUCACCGGCCUGGCUGGCUGGGUGGGGAAGAUGCACACAGACGAUGGGGAGAAGGAUGCUCAACACAGAGAACUAGUUCUGGCGAGAGAAAAGCUCUCGGCUUGUCAUCGCUUGCCCCAGUUAACCAACCGAGGUUAGGAGAGAGCGGGAGAGAGUCCACUUUGGCAAAGGAGGGAUCCCGUUUCACCGGCAGCACUGGACGAGCGAGUCACAUAGACGACAAGGGGUAGGAGGGUGACCACAGAAAGAGAGAGAGACGGGGACUGACAGAGAACCAGGGGUUAGGAGGAGGAGGGGGGGGCGGAGAAGCGGGAGAGGACCUUCCCGAUGGCGACUGACCCCGGCGAGCCCACGGGCACCGAGGACUCCUCGGAGAAGCCCGAUGGACCGAGGGAGGAGGAGGCGGAGUCGGAGGGCAGGGCCGGACGGGAAAGGGAGAGGACACGCAGCACCCCCUCCGACUUCCCCUCCUCUCAGACCCAGGAGAGGAUUGCCGAGGGAGUGGGACCCAGGGCAGGAGGAGGAGGCGGCGGAGGAGGAGGAGGAGAGGGCAAGGGCAGCGCCCGGGAGGAUGACACGGCAGCACGAUCGCUGUCCCUCUCCACGCCCUCGUCCCCGGCGGCCCACGGCCCGAGGCUGAGGCGAGAGAAGCGCUUCUUCCGGAAGAGCGUGGAGAUCUGCGAGGAGGAGGACGAGGCGGAGGAGGCCGCGGCGGCCCCCCGCCUCGAGCUGUGCUCCACAGACUCGGUGUUUGCCGGCGGGGCCCAGCCGCAGGGCACUGCCUCCGCCUCCGCCGUCCUCGGACACGACGCCGGCUCCGCCCAGGAGCCCGGCAAGGAGGCGUCCAUGUCCUUGCCGCCGCAGCGGGGGAAGGAGAGGGACCGGGAGCUGGAGGAGGAGGCCGAGAUGAAGGCCGUGGCCACCUCGCCAGGGGGGCGCUUCCUCAAGUUUGACAUUGAGCUGGGCAGGGGAGCCUUUAAGACCGUUUACAAAGGCCUGGACACGGAGACCUGGGUGGAGGUGGCCUGGUGUGAACUUCAGGACCGCAAGCUGACCAAGGCAGAGCAGCAGCGCUUCAAGGAGGAGGCCGAGAUGCUGAAAGGGCUGCAGCACCCCAACAUCGUCCGCUUCUACGACUCGUGGGAAUCUGUGCUCCGCGGCAAGAAGUGCAUCGUUCUGGUCACUGAGCUCAUGACCUCAGGGACUCUCAAAACCUACCUGAAGCGCUUCAAGGUGAUGAAGCCCAAGGUGCUGCGGAGCUGGUGCCGGCAGAUUCUGAAGGGGCUGCAGUUCCUGCACACGCGCACCCCCCCCAUCGUGCACCGCGACCUCAAGUGUGACAACAUCUUCAUCACCGGCCCCACGGGCUCCGUCAAGAUCGGAGACCUGGGGCUGGCCACGCUCAUGAGGACCUCCUUCGCCAAGAGUGUCAUAGGCACUCCUGAGUUCAUGGCUCCUGAGAUGUACGAGGAGCACUACGAUGAGUCGGUGGACGUGUAUGCCUUUGGGAUGUGCAUGCUGGAGAUGGCCACCUCAGAGUACCCCUACUCCGAGUGCCAGAACGCCGCCCAGAUCUACCGCAAAGUCACCAGCGGCAUCAAGCCAGCCAGCUUUGAUAAAGUCAACGACCCAGAGAUCAAAGAGAUCAUCGAGGGCUGCAUUCGCCAGAACAAGAGUCAGAGGCUGUCUGUCCGCGACCUUCUGACCCACGCCUUCUUCGGGGAAGACACGGGGGUGCGUGUGGAGCUGGCCGAGGAGGACACGGCCAGCCAGGACUGCCUGGCCCUGCGCAUCUGGGUGGAGGAGCCCAAGAAGCUGAAGGGCAAACACAAGGACAACGAGGCCAUCGAGUUCAGCUACGACCUGGAGAACGACAGCGCGGAGGAGGUGGCGCUGGAGAUGGUGAAGUCCGGCUUCUUCCACGAGAGCGAUGCCAAGGUGGUGGGCAAGUCCAUCCGCGACCGGGUCACCCUCAUCAAGAAGUCCCGUGAGCGGCGCCAGCAGCAGCAGCAGCUCCUCCAGCACCACCAGGGCCCCCUGGACGAGCAGCCCCACUCCUCCUACACCUGCUCCCACCCCUCCUGCCCCUCCUCCCUGGGGCCCGCCGCUGGCGCCGUGACAGGGGGAGGAGGAGGGCCGGGCGAGGCGGAGGAGCAGCCGGUCAGGCAGCAGCAGCACACCCUCAAAGCUGAGAGCCUGGCCCCAGUCAGCUGUGAGUCCUACGCCAGCUGCCAGAGCCAGGCGUACUCUCAGCAAGGGGAGUCUUACGCCCAAUCACAAUCCAGCAUGCCUUCUGCUGCCUCUGGUAUACACAGCACAGGGGCCCUGGCUCACCCCCAGAUGCUCCCCAUUGGUCAGAGCGGGGGGGUUCCCAACGUGCCUAUUGGUCAGAGCGGUGGGGUGGCCGUCAUGUCCACGGGCCAAAGCAGCGGGGCACCUGGACAGGCAUUCGUUCAGCCUGUUCCCAUGGCGACGCAGAUGUCGCCAGGUGUGCCGCCACAGUUCUCUCAGCCAUGCGUUUCAGGUGGAUCACAGAUAGCCACCCCGCACACAUCCAUGGUCCACUCCCAGUCCUACAUCCCUCCGGCGUCCCCCCAAGCCCCCGCCAAUGUCCUUGGGGCCCCCAUCUCCAUAGGGGAUCCUGGCUCACUGGCAGGGGGGGGCGUGGUCCCCCUCGCCCCGCCACAGACCCAGCCCACUGGGCCCCCUGUGCAGCAGCCUGCUGAUGUUGCCCUCUCGCCCGGCCCCACCUCACAGAGCCAGCCUUCUGGGAUGCCUCAGCAGACUGCCGUUCAACAGCAGCAACAGCAGCUGCAACAACAGCAGCAGCAACAGCAACAACAACAGCAGCAGCAGCAGCAGCAACAACAACACCAACAACAACAGAUACUGAUGGAGCCCCAGGCCGCAAACCUCCCACAGCAACAGGCGGAGGCCCGUGUUCCUUUGCUCCAGCAUCAGCAAGCGAAUGCGAUCCAACAGGCGGUGUCGCCACAGCCGCAGACAGAGCAGUCCCACUCGUCUCAGGCCCCCCUCCAGCAGCAGAGCGAGCUGCAGCAGGUGUACGCACAGCAAGCGCAGGUCCAGCCACAGCAGGCUGGAGCCGUGCCACAGCCCGUGGAGCAGCCACAAAGCUACGCGUCACAACCUCCAAUGGAUCUUCACGACCAGACCUUGAUACAGCAACAGCUCUUGCAGCAGCAGCAACAGACGUUGUUACUACAGCAGCAGCAGCAGCGGCAGCAUCAACAACAGCAGCAGCAGCAGUUGGAACAGCAGCAGCAUCAACAACAGCAGCAGCAGUUGGAACAGCAGCAGCAUCAACAGCAGCAGCAUCAAGCCAUAGUACUGGAGCCACAGCAGCAAGUAUACAUACAACAACAGCUGGAACAGCAGCAGCAACAAGCGCUGUUACAGCAGCAACAACAGGCCCAGCUACAGCAACAUCAACUGGAGCAACAGCAGGCCCUCUUACAGCAGCAGAUGCUGGAGCAGAAGCACCAACAAGCUAUUCUGCUUCAACAACAACAGGAGCAGCAGCAACAACAAGUGCUGUUACAACAGCAACAACAGGCCCAACUGGCCCAGCAGCAAAUGGAACAACAGCAGGCGCUCCUGCUUCAGCAACAGCUGGAAAAGCGACAACAGCAAGCGGUCUUACAGCAGCAACAGCUUGAGCAACAGAGCCAAUUACAGCAACAUAUCGAGCAACGGCAGCAACAGCAAAGUGCCCUGCAACAAGCGCACCCACAGGCGCAACAACAACAGCCUCUCUCACAACCACAGAUUGAAGAACAGCAACAGUUGGAACACCAAGCCCUGAUACAGCAGCAGCUUCAGCAGCAAGCAAUUCUACAACAUCAACAGCAGCAGCAACAGCAGCAAGUCCAAAUCCAACAGCAAAUUGAACAACAGCAACAACAACAACAGCCUCUCUCACAACUACAGAUUGAAGAACAGCAACAGUUGGAACACCAAGCCCUGAUACAGCAGCAGCUUCAGCAGCAAGCAAUUCUACAACAUCAACAGCAGCAGCAGCAGCAGCAAGUCCAAAUCCAACAGCAGAUUGAGCAACAGCAACAACAGGCGCUGUUGCAGCAACAGUUGGAACAGCAGCUUCAGCAGCGAGCGCUGUUACAACAACAACAUCAACAAAUGAUAUUGAAGCAGCAGCAGAUUCCGCAGAAAGACACGGGACAGCAGCCACCCCAAAUGGCCGCGAUUCAUUUUCAACAAACUGACAAACAAGACACUCAGCAACAGUGUGAACAGCAAGCUUUGAUUCAGCAGCAACAGGCAGAAUCGCAGCAGUCAAGCCUUCCUUUACAACAACAACAACAACAACAGCAGAACGCUGUGUUGUUUCAACCUCACACAAGUCUUUUGCAGCAGCAGGUUCUAGAACAACACCAGGCUGCACUGGUACAGCAACAGCAAGCCUACAUUUCCCAGCAGCACCACCCUAGUUCCGUGUCGGAGCGCCAGGUCCCUAUUGUAGUCCCAGCCACCACUGAAGGGAUUCAGGCUCUUGCUAAAAUGGCCUCCCAGACUCAGGGCGCAGUCUCCAUCCAGCCUCAGAUCCCCACCCAGACUCCAGCUCACAUUCAAGCCCAUGUCCUGGCCAGUAGCCAGGGUGAAGCUCGCCCACAGAGCCAGGGCCACGUCCCAAUACAGCCUCAGCCCCCUCCCCAGGCUGGGGUCGAAGCCCAGACGCACCUACAAGUGGUGGCAUCGAUCCACAGCCAGCCUCAGCCGGUCCCGCCCCAGGCUCUCGUGCAGGUUAGUCAUCCCACUCCAGCUCCCAUGCAGGGCCAGACGCCCACAAAGACAAUGAUCCUGCCACCCCAGGGCCAGAUCCAAGCCGUGGAGGGGAUCCCUCCGCAGGGCCAAGCCCACCCACAUCCUCAGCCCCCAGUGUCGGCAGUUCCAGGAUCCUGCCCAGUUCAACACGAGGCCCCGGCCCAACACAGUGCCCCGAUAUCAGGAAUGGUGCAGCCUCAAAUACAAACCCUAGCUCAGGCUCAACUCCAGAUCCAGGCCCAAAUCCAUGUCCAAGCUCAAAUCCAGGCCCAGGCCCAAAUGCAAGCUCAGGCCCAGGUCCAAGCCCAAGCUCAAAUGCAAGCCCAGGUCCAAACUCAAGCCCAGGUCCAAGCCCAAGCUCAAGCCCAAGCUCAAAUCCAAGCCCAAGCUCAAAUCCAAGCCCAAGCUCAAAUCCAAGCCCAGGCCCAGGCUGCUGCCACUCAUUUACCUAUUCAGUAUGUCCCGGCCCCUCAGCCCACGCACCAACCCAUGCCGUCAGUCCAGCAACAACAGCAGGACAUCCCGCAGGUUGCACAACAGCAACACCAGCUUCAGUGUCAACAGAUCAUCCUGUCUCCUGGAACUGUCAUGGCCGCCGCCCCUGCUCCAGCCGUUGACCCUAAAACGUUGACCUCUUCUGCUCAAUCUAUCCAACAUCCAAGCAGCCAGGCGUUUGUCCAGCCCCAGCUGCAGCCCGUGUUGCAGGCCCAGCAGCCGGCCGGAAGCCCAGCUGUCCAGGCGGUAAUCCAGCCUAUAACUCAACUGGGGCCAUCGCCUCUGCAACCAAUUGAGCAAUACCAGAGGCAGCUGCAACAGGUCUCCCCGGCACAAAAACAACAGCAGCAGCAGAUUUCUGCUCAGUCCGUGCCCUCCCCGCCCCCCCCGCUGGCCCCCGUUCCCCUGGAUCAGCCUCAGCCCGCCCCCCACGCCCCCCCGCCACAUGCGGGGGCACAGCAGCCGGACCUCAGUCAUGCAGCCCAGAGCCAGGUUCGAGUUCUGCCCCUGUACAGCCAGGUGGUUGCUGGGCCAGCCCUUUCCCCCCAGCAUCAGGCCCAAGUCCAGGCCCAGAUCCGGAACACUCUCCCCGCACAGACCGCCACCCAGCCUCAGAUGCACGCGCAGGCCCGCGCUCACACGCACUCACACACACAGACACACGCCGAGGCCCCAGGGGGGAUGGAGCAGCCCGCCCACCCCCAGGCAGUCACGCUGGAGAGCCCCUCUCGUACCUCCUGCCACCCCGCCUCCCUGCCACACCUUCAGCCUGCCGCUCCUGCCCCAGAACCGCCCCCCCCUCCAGAGGGCCCUGUGCUUCUCCCUGGGCGGGCUGAUGGGGCCCCUGCCUCCCCUCUUCCUGUCGCCUCUAUCCAGUUGCUUGACUCUAAUGCCCCCUUGCUGCCCCCAACCUCGCUGCAAGACUGUGACCCUACCCUGCUGGGCAUUGCUCAGGAAAGUCCAAACCAGUCAAGCACAGAGAGACACUUGUCAUCCGGUUCUGUCCCAGCCAAUGGUGAAGAGGCCCUUCAGCUGUUGGCCAAUGGGAAACUGGAGAAAGUCAAGUCUCAGCGGAGGUCCUCCUAUCAGAGACCGGAAAAAGGCUCCCACUUUCAACUGAGCAUGCUUCAAGUUUGCCAGGUGUCCAGCACUGGAGACAACAUGGUGGAAUGCCAGCUUGAGACCCACAGCAACAAGAUGGUGACCUUCAAAUUCGACAUAGAGGGCGAUUCUCCAGCAGACAUUGCAGAUUACAUGGUGGAAGAGGACUUUGUCCUCGAGUUGGAGAAGGAGACGUUCGUAGGGGAGCUGAGAGCCAUUGUGAAGAAAGCUCAGGAGAUCCUCCAUACACACUCGCAGACCGGUUCCAUGGACCAGCUGCAUGUGAGCACCCCAUCAGGCUCAGCCAUGGACGCGGCCCCUCAGUCGUCCCCAGUGGGACGCUGGCGGUUCUUCAUCAACCAGACCAUCCGACACCGAGACUCCCAGUCCAACCAGGGGGCCUCCACACCGCCCCCCACUGGCGAGACCAGGGUACCACAGUCCUUAGACGCUGAGAGAGAAGGGGAUGGAUCCCAGAAGCUGGAGUCCUUCACCGGAGCGCCCGCCUCGCCUCCCUCUCCCUCCCUGUCCUCCUCCUCCCCUCCUGUCUCCACCGCCUCCGCCCCCUCCUCCAUGUCCGCCCCUGCCACCGCUGCCCCUGCUCCUGACACGACUGCCUCUGUCAGCCUCUCUGCCCCAGCCUCUACUCUGUCUAGCGCAGCCUCCGCUGUCCCCCCCGCCUCGGCCGUCCCGGCCUCCCCGGCCUCGGAACCCCUGGACCAAACCUCCAACGCUGCCACCUCCCUGCCCGCCCGCGUACCCACUACGACUGCCCCGGUGGUUGUCCCCGCUAGCAUUGCUCCCAAAGCCAACGCUUGUCUAACUGAAACUCUCACCUCCCCUGGAACUACUGGUAGUUCCACCCAGGGUCACGGCCGGGGUCAGGGCCAGGGCCAGAGUCAGGGGGGUGUAGGUGGAGCUGCCUUUGGGCAGUGUGUUUCUGGAACGGAGCCCGCCUUCACCUCCACCUCUGUUCACUCUCCCCCGCCUGUUGCUGCGGCAGUGACCUCCCCUCCCGUCAGCCACUUUGGGCUGGAACAGCAGCCUCAGACACAGCAGUCUCAGACACAGCAACAGAGACAGCUCCCAGUAACUCCACAGCUACAGGGAGUGCAGCAGUGCAGUCCUUCCCAACAACAGCAGCUUCUCGAACAACAGCAAACCCAACAAGUGUACCAAGAGCAGAUGCAGCUACAGCAGCAAGCACUGCAGCAGUCUCUCCAACACCUGCAGAUCCUGCAACAACAACAACAACAUACAGAGGUACACGUUCAGCUGGGUCAAACGGAGCAGUUGCAGAAGCUGCAGUCACUACAGCCACAGACUGAAGUCACACAAAUGUCCCUUGGGCAGACUCCACAACCAUCUGUUCAACCACAAGCACCCCAGUACAGCCCACAGUUACAUCAGUUAUCACCACAACAACCUGUCAUGCCACAACAACUUGUCAUGUCACAACAACCAGAAAUACCACAACAACCUGUCAUGCCACGACAACCAGUAAUACCACAACAACCUGUCAUGUCACAACAACCUGUAAUACCACAGCAACCUGUCAUGUCACAACAACCAGUAAUACCACAACAACCAGUCAUACCACAACAACCUGUCAUGCCACCACCACAACAACAGCAACAGUCACAGAUUGAACUGCAGCACCAGCAGCAGUUAGACCUACAACAGACACUCCACUUCCAGCAACAGCAAACGCUUUUACAGCAGCAACAGCAACACCAACAGCAGCAGCAACAACAACAGCAGCAGCAACAACUACAACAGCAGCAGCAGCAGCAACAGCAACAGCUGCAACAACAACAACAGCUGCAACAACAGCAACAACAACAGCAGCAACAGCAACAACCACCACAUCAACAGCAACAACAACAACAACAGUCAUUUAUGGCUACUGCAACCUUACAGCUGGAUCAGUCAGCGCAGCGGCAUGCUCCACCGCAGUCCCAGGCAACCAGUCAGCUGUAUGUCCAGCAGCAGUCAGCACAGCAGCUGAACAUGGGCCUGAUGCAUCAACUGCAGGGUCAACAGCAACUCUCUCAGCAGCUCCCCCAAGAGCCAACACAACAACAACAACAACAGGAGCUGGUUAAAGCUGUGGAGAUGGCCUCCCAGCAGGUGCCUCAGGCCCAGCAGGUCCCUCAGGUGCCUCAGGCCCAGCAGCAGCAGACCGUUUCUCAGAAGCUGCCCUCUUUCCAACAGUCUGAGUCGGAGCUCUCCACUGGAGAAGCCAGUGUGACGGAGGAAACAGGCAGCCUCUCUGCCCCUCCACACCCCUCCUCAGACUCCUCCCUGCCCCCCCUGCCUCUGGGCGCCUCCGACUCCCCUUUGCCCCCCCUCUCCCUCACACUGACCCCCUCCCCGGCCCAGCCCUCCUCCGUGGCCGAGUCGGACAGCGAGGGCCCGCCCAAAAUCGAGUUUGUAGACAACCGCAUUAAGACCCUGGACGAGAAGCUGAGGAACCUGUUGUAUCAGGAGUACAGUGGUAGUGGGGCGGGGCCGGUGGGCGGAGCUGCCGGGGCAUCUGCCGCCGCCGCCGCCACCUCGGUGGCCUCCACCUCAGCGGGAGGGGAGGAGUCCUCCGAGCCCCACUCACUCCCACCCUCGACCUUCCCCAUGUCCCCCUCCUCCUCCGAAACGUCCCCGCACUCCUCCACCUCCAGCACCUCCUCCACCACCUCCCGGUCCUCCUCCGCCUCCCCCGACCCGGAGAGGGGGAGAGGAGGGGCGGGGGAGGCGCCCGACGCGCCCCAGGACCCUGCGGCGCCCGGCCCAGUGGAGAGGCAGCCUGCCCCGUCCCUCCCCUCCCCCUCCGCCUCCCUCCUGGUCUCCCCCCGCCGUGACUCAGCCAUGUCCCAGUGCCCGCCUGUGCCCGGAGAACCCGCCAUGCUUGCCGCCCCCUCACAUUCUGACACCAGUACCCCAGGAGAUGCCCCGUGGCCCCCCACUCAGCAACUCAUCCCCCUCCAGCCUGGACCGCAUCAACAGCAGCAGCACCACAAUGCAGGAGGUGGAUAUUUUGGCCUAAACCUGACAUGUCCUAGUAUCAGAAAUCCUGUUAGCAAGAAAUCCUGGACUCGCAAAUUCAAAAGCUGGGCUUGCAAACUGCGCCACUCCGCCAGCUUGUUCAAGAAGCCCAGAGUCCAGCAAGAUGGAGACUCCAGCCUGACGGUGAAGGAGGAGAAGGAAGACUCCUCCCUGAAUGCCUCUCAAGCCCACCAGGGCCGCUUCCAGGUCAUUCCAGUCUCCCCGGCCCCCAUGGCCUCUCCCCCCAAGGCGGCCCCCUCCGGCCAGGGGAGCGCCCACAGGAAAGUUGGGCGCUUCUCCGUGACGCAGGCCGAGGCCCGGAGAGAGGAAAGCAACCUCUCCGACAGCUCCCCGGCGUCUCCCGACCUGGAGAGAGAGCGGAGGAAAACCCGGGGAAGAGAGGGCGAGAAAGAGGAGGGCAAGAGGACCCCGGCCCACCCAGCUCGAGGCCACGCCUCCCGCGGGCACUCCCCUCUGGGCAGCAGCGACGAUGACGAGAGCGAGCUGGAGGACGAAACCCUGAGGAAAGAGCUGCACAAGCUGAGAGAGAAACACAUCAAGGAAGUGGUCUCCCUGCAGACCGAGCAGAACCGAGAGCUCCAGGAGCUGUACCGGCAGCUGCGUUCCCUCAAGGACCACCGGCACAACCUGCCUCUCCCCCUGCCCCGCACGCCUCCCCUCCCCUCCGGACCCCCGGCCCUCUCCCCCCGCCGGCCCAGACCGGCCAAAGUCAAGCUCCGGCCCCGGCCGCACUCCCACAUGGAUAACAAUGGUGUGGUGCAUUCCGGGAUGCAGCAGGCCAGCAGCUUCUCGUGCGGGGAGCAGAGCAGACUCCCCCUGUACUGUAACACAGAGAGCCCCCACACACAGACUCUCCAAAGAGACCACAGUCCUGCAGCCCAAGGCCUGGGCGCCAGGAAGAGCACGUUCACAGACGAGCUGCACAAACUGGUGGACGAUUGGACGAAGGAGACGGUCGGCCCCGUCCCGCCGAAGCCCUCGCUCAAUCAGAUCAAGCAGAUUCAGCAGGUGCAGGAGCUGGGAGGCUGGAGCCAGCCCACUGAGGUGACUCCUCCAGGCUGGUUUCCAGUGGAACUCCUGAGCCCCCAGGCGCCCCCUGUGCCCAGCUCCCCCAGCCCGGCCCCCUCUCAGUAUCCAUCUGCUGGGGGUGGGGCCCUGCGGUCUCCGGGACCACCACCACCGCAACAACAAACGACGCAGAUGCCCCCGGUGGCGCAGCUGCAGCAAAGUGUCCAUCUCCAGCAGUCGACCCUGGCACAGCCUCACACGCUCCAGCCGAUGCCCUUUCAGCAGCCCCCCCCCCCUCUCCCAGUCCCAGCCCACGCCGCCGCAACAGGUCGCCCCCCUGCCCCACACCGCUCCGCUUCAGAAUCCACCUCUGCUGCCUUCCCAGAUCCCCCCUGCCGCCUCGCAGACGCCCGGCCCCGGGCCCGAGUCCCUGCCGCCCGGCACGGGCGCCCCCUCGCUCUCACACGGAGGGGUGUCAGCCGCCGGGGGGGCCUUCUGCUCCUGCUCUUCCUCCUGCUCCUCCUCCUCCUCCUGUUCGACUGCUGCUCUGCCUUCCAGUGCCAAACGUCACCCGACGCCCCCAAACUCCACUCUUCCUCUAGGGCAGCAGUGAAGCAGUGACGCGGGGGCAAGGAGCUCUCCCGGGCUUGGAGGGAAGUCAAGGAAGAUGGGAGAGGUGAAGAGCAAACGUAUUGAGAGUGGACGUGCGUAUGAGAGCUGACUGAGAAUGAGCAAAUGGAUGUGUCGAUGAAAAGAUGGAGAGUGAAUGUGAGAGAUGGUAGACUAGCAUGUACAGAAAGAGGGCGGUAUCGAGCAAAUGGGCUUGGGCUUCUGAACUAUGGUGUGUUUGGGUUGUUGAGUUGUACAAAUUGUUGUCAAUGUGUGCUUGUGUGUGUGUGUGUGUGUGUGUGUGUUUGUAUUGCCAUUUAUUUCCCAAGUACAUAUCCCUUGUGUGUUUUCAAACCAAUUACCGGUCUUUUUUCUCCACUCGGUUGGUCCUGAACUCUUCCGAAGCAGAGACAUGAAGGGAACACACACCAAAUUUGACAUUUAGUCAAUGCUUGCAUUGGAAGGACUAUGAAUUUAAAAAGUGCAAUUACUAGCUGUCAUCUAAAUUGAUCAUUCUGUGUUGUCUGUGGUUUGUCAGGAAGGCAUAAACUAAAUGUUUUUUUUGUUGUGUUUUUUUGAAAGCACGUUGACAACAUUCAGACAAUUGAAAUCAGCUGAUGUUUUUAAACAAGUAGGCCUAUAGCACAAAUGUUUUAAUGGGCAGUGACAAAUGAUGCUGUUUGAACAGCAGCAUGACUAAAAACAGAGCAUGGCGAUGUUAUGGCUACCAUCACUACCACAAUGCCACUAAGCACACUGUUCUACAGUGUAGAGCACGGGCUAGGCAUGAACUUUGUGUAUUAUAUUUUACAUUGAUACGUAGUAAUAAUAAUUUAGAUUAGGCUAGAGACUAUUUGAAAUAACACAAGGAUUUACCCAAGAAAACCUUUGAGGAAUUUAUUUUAUUAGUCUAUUGAUCAAAUUAACUUCAUUGUUAUUAGGUUUGGUGGACUUGAGGUUUACUGGAAUCAAACUCUUACCAAGACUGCAUGACCUUACCUUGCCUGGAUUUAGUGCAAUCUGUUGACACAAAUACUUAGUUUACUCUUGUCUGCCGUGCACAACAACCUGAGAGAAUUUAACAGUCCAAAGUAAGUUACUAAUAUUGAAAAUAAGCUCUUAAAAGAAUUUAUUGAAAUAUCUGGCCGUACAACUCUCAGCGUUGCAUAUCAAGGUUUCCUACUUCGAAUAACAAUGAGAACUUAAACUGCCAAGCACUAAUGGAUGGGGGAAACCAUGAUGCUUUGUCCCUAUGUUGCCUUUUAGAUGGACGUUGGUGAGUGUUUUAUUCUUACUUUAGUGUGAGGUAUAGGUUUGUGAUAAUGCUGUACUGCAUCAAAUUGUUUCCCUACUGCUUUUAUGUAAAGCAACCUCUCACACAGUUGUUGUCACUGUACCUAAUUAACUAUGUUUACUUGGUGCCCAGAUUGUUCUCACCUCAAGACACUGGGUGACUGGCCCAUUCAAGCUGAAGUCUUAGUCUGAUGUCAGACAGCAUAGCAAGAGCCUCACUCUCCAGUUUGUCACAUGUAUUACUUAAUCGGUGAUGUGUUUUUGUCCUGAAUGACUUCUGAAUCAGACCGGAGAUGAGCUUAUUGUACACUUGGAAAGGUUUACUUAAUUCUGAUUUGUUAUUUCCACCAUUUUCCAUCUAACUGUAUUUCAGUGGUGUACUGCAGGGAUACACAUGGAAUAGAUACAUCUGUAGACUAUGGAAUUAUUAGUGCACUUAGCCAUAUACACAUUUAAUAAAGGAUAGAUCAAUAUAACAAUAUAUUUUCUGAAAUCAUUCUCAAUACAAUAAGUAAAAGAGCAUCUCAGUUGUUUAUUUCUUUCUUUAAAAAAAAAUAUAAUAAUGUCAGAGAUUUUGUGCCACAGCAAAGAGGAGAUUGUACAGUAUGUGACAAACCGCAAAAUGUGAGAUGCACUUAAAGUGGAAGGUGAAACAGCUUGUGCUUUUGGUUGGUCCAAAGUGAAUCUUGACAGUUACAUAUGAAUCUAGAAUUAACACAAUGGUUUUCAGUUGAUGUUGUUUUUAGAGACAACCCACAUUUUCACAGUUAUGUUAUUAUUAAUGGAGGUGAGUUACUGAUCUGUCAAGUCAAAUUCUAACAUGUUGACCCACACAUCACAGAAGAUGUCAUUCAUUUAUGAUAGGAAAUGUGGAAAUCUCCCUGUCCUGAAGUGUUACCAAAAUGUUAUCUUAAAGAAAAAAAUAUUUUUGUAUUUUGAAAUGGGGGUUGUAUAAAAUGUAAAAUGUGUUCUCUGCAGGAACUAAAGUCUGAGGUUAUCUGAAACCAGAAACAUUGGUUCUCAUUAAUGCUUAUGGAGUUCCCCCUGUCUGUGUUCCACCUAUUCUGUUUUGAAGUGGGGUUAUUAAUCAUAUUUAUACGUUUACAAGAAGUUUUCUUUUGGGCCAAAUCCUCUGCGCUUGUAUUAUUUGUAUUUUCUGUAUCUAUCAGAGAUAGCCAGAGUAGUCAUACAUGUUUUCAUUUACAACUUGUAGUGCUACUAUUAAACAGUGGUGUUGUGUUGUAAACAUAUCACUUUUCUGGGAGUUAUCUCUCAUAAUUACAGAAAAUACCAAUAAUACUAAAGCAGUGGAUGUGUGUGAGGCAGAUGACAGUGAAGAGCAGGAAACGGAUCUCGACUCUAACUCUAACCCUAACAACAUAACCAACAAAAAUGAUGAGGCCAUAUAGAAUCAUAACCUGGGGAGCCCCAAAAUGACCUGAAUGAGAACCAUGCAAUGAUUAAAAGGUGAUUUGAGCUGAAAUAAUGACAAAAUCUAUGUUGCUGGUGAUUUAGCCUCUGUACAAUUUUAACUAAUUCAAUUGUUGAUUUUAUUUAUGUUUUGUAACUAAUCUAAAUAAAUGGUGUUUAAACAUCAAA